AGAAUGACAAAGAUCGUAAUCAAAAGGCUAAAAACGUAUCAUUAUUAAUUGAACUAAAUAACACUUGCACUGGUAUUGAUACUGAAUUAGUAAAUAUUUGGCAAGGCAAUUUAAAAGUCGAUUCAUUACAUAAAAAACAAAGCUAUACGUUUUUCAAUCUAGCAACAUGUAAACGAUUAGUAGAAAUUAAUGGAGGUGAAAUGGAAGCAGAAAGUCAAUUAGGAAAAGGAAGUAAAUUUUGGUUUACAUGGAAUAUUGAG